UCUCUGACCAGGCCUCUCGAACAUGAUGUCAGACGGAGAGUUCCUGCGCACGAGCUGUGGCUCCCCCAACUACGCUGCCCCCGAGGUCAUUUCUGGAAGGCUGUAUGCUGGGCCUGAAGUGGAUAUCUGGAGCUGUGGGGUAAUCCUCUACGCCCUGCUGUGUGGUACCCUCCCGUUUGAUGAUGAUCACGUCCCCAUGCUCUUCAAGAAGAUCUGUGAUGGUAUCUUUUACACACCGCAGUACCUCAACCCAGCCAUCAUUGGCCUCCUCAAACACAUGCUGCAGGUUGACCCCAUGAAGCGGACCACCAUCAAGGACAUCCGGUUAGUGUGCAGCUGGCCAGGUCAAUGUGCUUUCACCUGCACGUAGCUGCAGGCUGCGUGCCUUCUCUCUUUGACACAGCCUCCACUCUGCAGGGAACUCUGCUCUGUACCCCUCUCCCCAAAGUAACACUGCGUUCUCAGAACUGCCAGUGCCAACCGAUUGUAGAUGUGUAGCCCAGCCCACAGGAGUGGGCCAUUCAGCCCAUCAAGCCUGCUCCACUAUUCUUUGUGAUCAAACACUAAUCCAUCCCUCUUCCCCAAAUCCCUCGAUUCUCUGAGAGACUAACAAUCUCUCUCUCCCUGCUGUAAACACACACUCAAAUCCAGACUUCUUCUGACUGAGGCUUUUCUACCUAUUUGCAAGAGCACUGGAAUUCUGAACUGUAAAUAUGGAAGCCAAGUAGAAAUCUGCACCGGGGACAUAACCCUGAGACUAACAAACAAAACCUAGAUGAAAUAUCAUUGGGAGGCAAUGAUGUAGUGGUAAUGUCACUGGGCUUGUAAAUCAGAAUCUAGGCUAAUCAUCUGGUGACUUUGGUUCAAAUCUGACCAGGGACGAUGGUGAAAUUUAAGCUUUAAAAAAUGUGGAAUGAAAAGUUUAAUAAUUGUUCACCAAUAUUUUUCUGAUGUUAUUUAGAAACUCGUUAACUGGUCUGGUCGACAUGUGCCUCCAAACUAACAGCAAAGUGGUUGAUUCUUAAACAC